AUGGGGAUACUUGAUAAGAUUGCCGAUAUUGAGAAUGAAAUCGCUAGAACACAAAAAAAUAAAGCGACGGAGUACCAUCUUGGUUUGCUGAAAGCUAAGCUCGCGAAGUAUCGCUCCCAGCUAUUGGAGACACAAAAUAAAGCCACCAAAGGUGAAGGAUUCGAUGUUAUGAAAUCAGGUGAUGCCCGCGUAUCCUUAAUUGGCUUCCCUUCCGUUGGGAAAUCAACACUUUUAAAUGCCUUGACUUCGACACACAGUGAGUGCGCAUCAUAUGAGUUCACAACUUUGACAUGCAUACCGGGCGUUAUCGAGUAUAAAGGCGCUAGCAUUCAGUUAUUGGAUCUUCCAGGAAUAAUAGAAGGAGCAUCACAAGGAAAAGGACGAGGACGUCAGGUGAUUGCCGUUGCUCGAACAGCUGAUCUCGUACUUAUGAUGCUUGAUGCUACCAAGCCAGACGUCCACCGAAAGUUACUUGAAAACGAGCUAGAAGCUGUGGGUAUUCGUCUGAAUAAAUCCAAACCAAAUAUUUAUUUCAAGCAAAAGAAGACUGGUGGAUUAAAAAUCACGUCAAUGGUUCCUUUAACAAAAAUAAACGAAAAAAUGACUCAAAUGAUAUUACAGGAAUACAAAAUAUUUAAUGCAGAAGUCAUCUUUCGAGAAGAUUCCACACCGGAUGAAUUUAUCGAUGUAGUGGUUGGUGGUCGAGUAUAUCUAGCUUGUCUUUAUGUGUAUAAUAAAAUUGAUCAAAUAUCACUCCAAGAAGUUGACAGAUUAGCCAGACAACCUCAUUCAGUUGUUGUUAGUUGCAACUUGAAGCUGAAUUUGGAUUAUCUGCUAGAAAAACUUUGGGACUAUUUAAAUUUAAUUCAAGUAUUCACUAAAAAACGUGGACAAAAACCAGAUCUUGAUGAAGGAAUUAUAUUACGAAAUGGUUCAACAGUGGAACACAUUUGCCACUCAAUUCACAGAUCCUUAGCAUCGCAGUGCAAAUGUGCUCUUGUGUGGGGGACCAGUGUUAAAUUCAGUCCACAACAUGUUGGGUUGAAUCACGUUUUGCAUCAUCAUGAUGUUGUGCAAAUUGUAAAGAAAUAA